AUGCUCAAAACCCAUCAGAAGGAUCCUCAAAUCAAGCAACUGUUAAAGCAGGACCAAGCUUUUAAAGCAGGUACACAUGCUGAAGAUGUUCAAGCAACUGCACAUGACCAAGCUUAUGAAGCAAGUACGCAGGCUAAAGUUGUUAUUCAAGUAACUGUAGAUUUUGAAACCACUAAGGGUGUAGAUGUUAAUAAAAUUGAAGAUCAAUUGGAAGCAGUGCAAGGGGAAGUUGCUAUACAAGAUUUAGAUGUUAAUGCUUAG